AUGAGCUGGAACGACCGCGACCCAUACGCGAACCAUGCCGGUUACGGCGCCCACGGCUACGACAACGGCGCGCACAGCUUCAACACUGCCGCGGGCAGUGGGGCGCGCGGCCAUCCGAUCCAGCACCCCGCCGCGUCGCAAGAGGAGCUGUACGAGCACCCCGACAUGAACUUUUCCCAGCCGCGUGUGGGCUAUGACCCGAACGACCCCCGCAGCGUGCACAGCGAGUACUACGAGUGUGACCCUCUCGAGGGCCACGGGCCCGACGGACCACCUGCCGGCCCCUCGUACGUGCCGUACGAGCAGCCGCGCCGCCUGCCCCCGACACCGCAGCAGACAGCGCAGCCGGGCAUGUACGCCGACUCGCGCCUGAGCCACUCCGUCGAGUCGCACGGGGUGUACCACGAUGCGCCCGGAUGGGACGGCGACUCGGACGAGAAGCACUACGCGUACACCCCCUCCCCCCGCGACUAUGUGGACGAAAAGAAGAACAGCACGUACAGCUACGCUCCCUAUGCCGUCGUCGAGAACUACAUGAACCCGAGCGUCGCAUCGCUGCCUCUGGGCUCGAAGGUUGAUAUCGACUCGGGGCGCGACCUGCUCGAACCCCCGCCACCGAAGAAGAAGAAGGGCUUCUGGGGCCGCCUGUUCAGCAACCACGUCGAGGAGAAGGGUAUCGAGCGUAUUCCCGAGAGCGAGCGGAGCAGCAGGCAUCUCCCCGGACUGCUCCUGCUGUGGUUCAGCGUGAACCUCGUUGUGUCCACGUUCCCCAUUGGUCUUCUCGCGCAAGCUUACUUUGGGCUCAGCUUCCGCAUGGCCGUCUGCGCCAACGUCGUCUUCACGGCUGUCGGCGCGGCGUGCUGCGCGUACAUCGCGACUCUGGGACCUCAGACGGGUCUCCGCACGAUCGUCCUGUCUCGCUACUCUGUCGGUUUCGUGGGCGGCACGCUGUUCGCGAUUCUCAACAUCCUCACGCAACUCGGAUUCUCCUGCACCGCCGUCAUUCUCGGCGGACAGACGCUCACCAACGUCUCGUCCCAGAAGAUCCCGCUCGAAGCGUCUAUCGUGAUCGUCGGAUUCCUCGCCCUCCUGCUCUGUUUUGUGGGCUACCAGGCCGUGCAUUACUGGGAGCGCUCCCUGGGCGGGAAGGAGGGCUACCACCUGCGCGCGCAGGAGGCGGUCCAGCCGACGGGCAAGGCGUUUGCGGCCGGUUUCCUCUCAUAUGGCGGCAUCGUCUUCUCGUCUGCUGCUGGCUGGGCCCCCGUCGCGGCCGACUUCAACUGCCGCCUGCCGACGCGCACGUCCAAGACGCUCGUCUUCGCCCUGACGUGGUUCGGCCUCAUGCUGCCGCUCGUCUUUGUCGAGACGCUCUCUGCCGCGCUCAUGACUGUGCCCGCCUACUCGAGCGCGUUCGAGGAGGGAGACGCUGGAGGUGUGCUUGCCCGCGCGUUCCAGCCCUGGCACGCCGGCGGCAAGGUCAUCAUGGGCAUCAUGGCGUUCAGCAUUGUCGCCAACGUCGCGCCCAACACUUACUCCGCCGCGCUGUCGGCCCAAAUCCUCCUGCCGUGGUUCCAGCGCAUCCCGCGUGCGUUCUGGUGCGUCUUCAUGUUCUGCGCAUACACGGCCGCGGCCAUUGGAGGCAGGGAGCACUUCUCCGAAGUCUUGUCCAACUUCCUCUCCAUCCUCGGAUACUGGGUUGCGUUCUUCGUCGUCGUCCUGCUCGAGGAGUUCCUCAUCUUCCGCCGCAGGAUCGGCAUCGACCUCGACGCGUACGAUAACUGGCGCGAGCUGCCAAUUGGCGCCGCGGGCAUCUUUGCGUGCUGUUGUGGUGCGGCUGGCGCUGUUGUUAGUAUGGCCCAGGUGUGGUAUGUUGGCCCCAUUGCGGCGCUGUUCUCGAAGGAAGGCGGUGACCUCGGUUUCGAGAUGAGUGCGGCCGUCACCGCCAUCAUCUACCCGCCCCUCCGGUGGCUCGAGAUCAAGUAUACUGGCCGAUAG